AUGUGGUGUCCUUCCGUCCUGCAGUAUGAGAUGUACACGAUUGAGAGGAAUGCUGAACGGACAGCGUCUGCGGGCAGGCUGCUCUACGACAUGUUUGUGAAUUUUCCGGACCAACCUGCUGUAUGGAGGGAGAUUAGUGUUAUUACAUCAGCGUUAAGGAAUGACUCUCAGGACAAGCAGACACAGUUUUUAAGAGGGCUAUUUGAAACCCUUCCUGGUCGGGUGCAGUGUGAAAUGCUGCUGAAGGCCACAGAGCAGUGCUUCAACACGCUAGAACGGGCCGAGAUGCUGCUGCUGCUGCUGCGGCGCUUCCCAGAGACCGUGGUGCAGCACGGGGUAGGCCUUGGAGAAACACUAUUAGAUGCUGAAAAUAUUGAAGACCAAGAAUCUCCAGUGAAUUGUUUUAGAAAAUUAUUUGUUUGUGAUGUUCUUCCUCUAAUAAUUAACAACCCUGAUGUUCGACUUCCUGCCAGCUUGUUGUAUAAAUACCUGAAUAAAGCAGCAGAAUUCUAUAUUAACUAUGUAACUAGAUCUGCACAGACAGAAAGCCAAUAUCAAGGUUCACAAGAUUCCACUGAUAUUAUGUCUCCAAGCAAGCGUAGCUCUCAGAAAUACGUCAUAGAUGGUCUGACAGAGAAAUCAUCCCAGAUUACAGAUCCUUGGGAGAGGCUAUUUAAAAUACUGUCUGUGGUGGGAAUGAGGUGUGAAUGGCAAAUGGACAAGGGAAGAAGAAGUUUUGGUGAUAUUUUGCACCGAAUGAAAGACCUCUGCAGAUACAUCAGUAACUUUGAUAGUGAUGCACAUGUUAAAUAUAAGAAUCAAGUAGUGUAUUCCACGAUGUUGGUCUUCUUCAAAAAUGCAUUCCAGUACGUCAGCAACAUCCAGCCAUCACUCUUUCAAGGUCCAAAUGCUCCGAACCAAACCCCGCUGGUUCUUCUGGAGGAUGUGAGCAACAUCUAUGGUGAUACAGAUAUUGAUCGUAACAAACACAUACACAAAAAGAGGAAACUUGCAGAAGGAAGAGAAAAACCAAUGAGCUCAGAUGAUGAGGAUCCUUCUGGGAAGGCACGAAGUCGCCACAUUACAGUAAACAAGGCAGAUCUUGCAAACUCUGUUGAAGUACUGGAGAGCUUUAAGCUGGCAAGAGAGAGCUGGGAGCUGCUCUAUUCUCUGGAAUCACUCGACAAAGAGUUCACCAGAAUUUGUUUGUCUUGGAAGACAGACACCUGGCUUUGGUUAAGAAUCUUUCUUACAGACAUGAUCAUCUACCAGGGUCAGUACAAAAAAGCAAUUAGCAGCCUACAUCACUUGGCAGCUCUUCAGGGAUCUCACUCUCCACAGCAAAUUACAGGCCAAGGAUCACUAGAAAAUCAGAGAGCUCUAAUCCAGUUAGCAACAUGCCACUUUGCCCUCGGAGAAUAUCGGCAAACAUGUGAAAAAGUGCUUGACCUCAUGUGCUGUAUUUUACUUCCAAUACAAGAAGGAGGGAAAGUACAAGAGGAGCAACCUAAAGUGAAGUCUAAGUUCAGGAAAGGGUCUGAUUUGAAGCUUUGGCCAUGUACCAGUAGAGCUAUCAUGCCUUACUGCCUUCAUCUAUUGCUGGCUUGUUUCAAGCUCAGAGCUUUCACAGACAACAGAGAUGAUAUGGCGCUGGGCCACGUAGUUGUUCUGCUUCAGCAUGAGUGGCCAAGGGGUGAGAACUUGUUCCUGAAAGCCAUCAACAAAAUCUGCCAACAAGGAAACUUCCAGUAUGAGAAUUUUUUCAACUAUGUCACAAAUAUUGAUAUGUUGGAGGAAUUUGCUUAUUUAAGAACACAGGAAGGAGGGAAAAUUCAUCUGGAACUGCUGCCAAAUCAAGCAAUGCUGAUCAAGCACCACACAGUCACCCGGGGCAUAACGAAAGGCGUGAAGGAGGAUUUCCGCCUGGCCAUGGAGCGCCAGGUCUCGCGCUGUGGGGAGAACCUCAUGGUGGUCUUGCACAGGUUCUGCAUUAAUGAGAAGAUCCUGCUGCUUCAGACGCUGGCCUGAAGGGGCUGGA